GGUUUUGUUGAUGUUUUACUUUUGGCCGGUUUCUCUCCACGAUUUGGGUCCUCAUAUAGAAGCAAUCAAUGCCCUCACAAAGCCAAAGCAAACCAAAAAUCAGAUGGCUAGCUUUCUUCUCAACACCUUGAGAAACCCCAGUGUUUUCGCUUCCUCUUCCUCCAAUGGGUCUCUUCCAACUUCCAGUAAUCAAGUAUCUCAAUCGGGGAAAGGAGGUCCAGUCAUUAUUGAGCUUCCCCUUAAUCAAAUUCGGAGACCUUUAAUGCGUACAAGAGCUAAUGAUCCACAGAAGGUGCAAGAACUCAUGGAUAGUAUUGCCCAAAUUGGUCUUCAAGUACCCAUUGAUGUGCUUGAGGUUGAUGGAGCUUAUUAUGGAUUUUCUGGAUGUCAUCGCUAUGAGGCUCAUCAGCGCUUAGGGCUUCCAACUAUCCGUUGCAAGAUACGUCGAGGAACUAAAGAAACCUUAAGGCAUCACCUUCGAUGAGUUGGUAAUGGCUAGGCCAAUUGUUAUUUGAGAUGUCGUGUUGAUGGUUUAUCUUAAAAGGUAACGCUUUCAUGUUACAUGCUUGUAUAAAUAUAUCAAGUGUAUCGUAAAUAAGACACAUGUAGUUUGGUAGACAUGUUAUUACUAUUGUGUUAAUAAUUAAAUAUUUGGUUUGUAAUUAUAGAAUACAAUGAAUUGUGUUGUAAAGUACAUACUUAGGCUAUGUUU